AUGCCCAGACUACGCAAGACAUCUGCGGAACAACGUAGACGAGCUAUGCAGCAAAAUUUAGCAAAUUAUCGCGAACAAAAUGGGGAAGAAGAUCGAAUUAGAAAUUCCGAAAUGUUGUCAUUGCGCAGAGAAAAUGAAGAAUAUCGGGAAAAUCAACAACGUAGGAAUCGGAAUAACCAAAAUCUAAGAAGAUCGAGACAAUCCUCUGAAUUACGCGAACUAGCACGUGAACGAGAUUCGUUAUCGCAUUCGGCCAGACGAUCGGAUACACUACUUCGUUCUAUGGAGCAAGUACGAAAUACUCUGGAUCACUCGCAACGACGGGAAAAUCUGGAAUAUAGAGGCCUAGAACGUGAACGGGACGCUUUAGCUCAUUCCUCUAGACGAUCCGAUCCUUUAAACCGUGCUGCUGAGCAAGAACGCAACAGUGUGGAACAUACAAGACGGCGGGAAAUACCAGAGGUAAGGGAAUUAGAACGUGAACGGGACGCCUCAGCACAUUCUUCUAGACGUUCAGAUCCUCUAAUCAAUGCUGCUGAGCAAGCACGCAACACCGAGGAACAUAUAAGACGGCGCGAAAUACCAGAAUUGAGGGAAUUAGAACGAGAACGGGACGCCUUAGCACAUUCUUCUAGACGUUCUGAUCCUCUAAAUCGAACAGCUGAGCAAGUACGAAAUACUGCGGAACACUCACAUUGGCGGCAAAUUCCGGAGAAUCGAGAAACAGAGCGUGAACGGGAUGCUAUCGCACAUUCACUUAGACGUUCAGAUCCCCUUUCUCUUGAGCAACAAUCUAAUACAAUAUUACGUCGGGAAUCAAGAGGUACUGCAAGAAUCCAAACAGAGGAUUUACAUAAUAUGCAAAAUGGUCGCAUUCGAUUACAUCGAAUGAAUCCCAUUAAUCGAAUUAAUGAAAACACCAGGCAAGCUGAGAGGAAUAUAAAUAACAGGCAAGCACUUUCCCCGGAAUCAAGAGUUCAACGCUUAGAAGCGGAUUCACAGAGACAUUCAUGCAGAAUGCUUCAGCAAUUUAAUUUAAACAUUAAGAAUGGACCUACAGAAGUUUGUGUUUGUUGCGGUGGUCUUUGGUUCCCCAACCAGAUAAAGAAAUUGUGCAGAAAUAACUUUGAGCAUUUACAUCACGCUUUCUUUUUAGCAGAUAUUUUCCCUUCUGAUGAGAAUAUUUAUAAGUUUUGCAGUACAUGUUGCAAAAUUGUUAAAGGAGGAAAAAUUCCCACCAUUUGCUUAAUUAAUGGAUUACAUUUCCCUGAAAUACCCAAUGAAUUAAAGGACUUGACAUCUUUAGAAGAACGAUUUGUGGCGCCGAGAAUACCUUUCAUGCGAAUAGUAUCAUUGGGAUAUAAUCGCCAAUGCGCUAUUAGAGGAGCAGUUGUAAAUGUGCCAAUUCAGCUAGAUAAGACUGUUAAUGUUCUUCCACGAAGAUUUGACCAAACAGAAGUCAUUCAAGUUCAUCUUAAAAGGAGAUUAGAGUAUAAUCACAGCUUUAUGACUGAGACUAUAAGACCAAGGAUAAUAAUAGGAGCAGUUCAAUACUUGGUGAAUACGGAUUUAUAUAGGAAACACAAUAUAACUAUUUCCGAUGAUUGGUUGGAUACCGUAGGUCAAAACGAUGAAAUACCGUUUAUAUCUAAUAUGGAAGAUCGGACUAUAGUUGAAAGAUUAAUUACUGAUGAUACAGAUGUAAACGUUCCAGAAGAAGCUAAUCCUCAGGAAACCCUCUUGGAAAAUAUUCCCGUAGAAAACAUCCCAUUACAACGAAUUUGCAUUGCCCCAGGAGAAGGACAAAGACCAUUAGAUAUGCUUUUUGAUGAAGAUUCGGAAGAAUUAUCAUAUCCAACUAUAUACUGUGGUGUUAAGAGGACAUGUACAGCUACAGUCGGAAAAAUUAUUAAAUCUGAAGCAAGACGGUACGACAGAAGAUGUGCACGAGUAGACAAAAUUUUAUAUUCAUAUAAAAAGUUGGAAUUAUCACGAAUAAAGAAUAGUAUAUCAACAUGUCUGCGGAAAAAGGUGGGAUCUAACCGACAUACUGCUGGAAAUAUGUUAGAUGAGAAUUUUAUACAAAACCUAGUACAACAUGACGAAGGAUAUCAUAUCUUAAAAGGCAUUCGGUCUUCCCCAGCACACUGGGAAGGAGAGAAGAAAAAAGUUUUAGCGAUGAUACGCCAAUUUGGUUUACCAACUUUUUUCAUUACUUUGUCGGCAGCAGAGUCACAGUGGCCUGAACUACUAGUAAUUUUAGCGAAAGUUAUUCAAAAUAGAAUUAUUACGGAAGAAGAAGCGAUGAGUCUGACUACCCUGGAAAAAUAUAAUUUAAUAAGAACGGACCCAAUAACGUGUUCACGUUACUUUGAUCAGAGGAUACGACAUCUUUUCAAGCAUUUUAAAGCUGCUGGAGGUAUAUUUGAUCAGCAUAAAGUAAUUAAAUUCUAUUGGAGAAUAGAAUUUCAACAAAGAGGAUCGCCGCAUGUUCACGGCAUAUAUUGGAUGGAUAAUGCGCCUAUAUUUAAUAUAAAUGAUCAGACUACUUUUCCAGAAGUAGUCAGUUUUAUUGAUGCGUUUAUAACGACGGAUUCAACAAUAAUGGAAUUGGCAAAUUAUGUUUCUUAUCAAAGACAUAACCACAAUAGGACAUGCCAAAGAGAAAUUCGUGGACAAAAGAUAUGCAGAUUUCAUAUACCUUAUCCCCCUUUACCAAAUACAGAAAUUCUUGUCCCACUUCCGGAUGACAUCGAUAAAAAUUUGUUAGAAAAACAUCAAAGGAACUAUGAAAAAAUUCAUAACGCUUUAAAUGCCAAUUUAUCUGAUGAGGACGUUAAUAUAUUUUCUACAUUUCAAACUUUUUUGGCAGAUGAAAGGAUAAAUUUAACAUAUGAGGAUUACAUUUUUGCCUUAAGAUCUUCCUUAAAAAAGCCCCGAGUAUUUUUAAAGAGAGCCUUCAAAGAUAGAUGCAUUAAUGCAUUCAAUGCAAAAAUACUUUCAAUGCAAAGAGCAAAUAUGGACAUACAAUAUGUAUUAGAUGCAUACGCAUGUGUAUCGUAUAUUGUAAACUACAUAAAUAAAUCUAAUAGAGGAGUAUCAAGAUUACUUCAGGAAACAAUGAACGAAAUACGGACGGGAAAUUUUAGCGUUAAGCAGAGACUCCAACACAUCGGAAAUAAAUUCAUUUCAGCUUCGGAAGUUUCCGCACAAGAAGCUUCAUAUAACAUCCUUGGAAUGCAUCUCUCCCAAUGUAGCAAUGCUGAAGUCUUCGUAAAUACAUUACCACCAGAAAAACGGGUUCGAAUUUUGAAACCUAGAUCAGAACUUCAAGAUUUGCCAGAAGAUUCAACAAAUGUUUUUCAAAAUAACAUCUUGGACCAUUACAUUCAACGUCCAGAUAUAAUAAAUGAUGUUUGUUUAGCAUACUUUGCAGCUUAUUAUACGUAUUCAAAGAAACUACGUAGAAACACACGGUUUCAAGAAGAAGAAGAUGACUACCAGGAAGAAGACAUUAAUAUUAAUGAAGUAGGAAUUCCACUUCAAUUAAAGAACAAUUCUGGAUAUAUAUAUAAGAGAAGAAAUGCAGCCAUCAUUAGAUUUCCGAAAUUUAGCGUCGAAAUAACAAGAGAAGAAUAUUUUCGCAACCUUAUUAUGCUCUAUUUGCCAUGGCGCGACGAACAGAUCGAGGUAUUAAAUAAUAACAAUGAGCAAACAUGCAGUACUCACAAGAAUAUUAUUGAAAGUAAUAGGAUAUUAUUCGAAAGGCUUAAGGAAGGUGAAUUGGAUGAAAUUCUUCAACGAUUCCAUCAAGAAGCAAACGAAGACAUGCUAGGGGAUAAUUUAGCUACAACUCAAAUUCUUGACGAUGAAUUCAGAGCAUUGGCAGUUCCUGGUGUAGAUGAAAAUAUUAACAUAUUAAAUAUUACCGGCGGCAAUCGAAGAAAUGAUGAUGAUGAAAACACUACUGAUAUACGAAUAAUCAGAUUACCCCCAUUAAUAAACAGGAAUGAUUUAUUGGCAUCUGUAAGAACAUUAAAUGUUAAACAACGCGAAUAUUUGCACCAUUUAUUAAGAAACGUUGUGGACAACAUUAAAUUCUGCGAAUUUAUAAGUGGUGGUGCAGGGGUUGGAAAGAGCAGACUAAUUAAAACUAUCUAUCAGUCAGUAACACAACGUUUUAACUCUGUUCCAGGAUCCAACCCGGAUUUAGUGAAGGUUUUAUUGAGCGCGCCAACUGGAAAAGCUGCUUUCGGUAUAGGUGGAGCGACGUUGCAUUCGUUGUUUUCGUUACCAGUAAAUCAAUAUUCUGGAGAAAUUCGUCCCCUUAGCAACGAUGUGGUAAAUUCACUCUACGCUAGAUUUAUGGAUUUAAAAGUUCUUAUUAUUGAUGAAAUUUCUAUGGUUGGUGCGAGAAUGUUAAAUUACUUGGAUGCCAGAUUAAAACAAAUCUUCAAAAGUACUACUGCGUUUGGCGGAAUAUCAAUAUUAGUAUUUGGAGACUUGAAGCAACUACCGCCAGUUGGAGACAAAUGGAUUUUUAGCAUCAAUACAUCGAAUCCAUAUGGAGUUAUUGCUGGAGAAAGCCUUUGGAGUAUUUUUAAAUUUUUCGAAUUAACUGAAAUAAUGAGACAACGAGAUGACUGCAGUUUUGCUCAUGCCUUAAAUUCAUUGGCUAUUGGAGAAAUGGAUGAGACACAUAUAAAUCUUAUUAAAUCGAGAAUUGUACAAAACACAACGAUUUUGCCAUCAGAAGCAAUCCACUUAUUUUGGUCUAAUGCAGAAGCCGAACAUUACAAUUUAUUAAGAUUGCAACAAAUUUGCACAAAUGAAUAUUCAUCAAAAUCCUUUGACUUUAUAAAGUCUGAUACUUUACCAAUCGAACAAAGAAACAGAAUUUUAAACAUGGUUUCAAAAAUGAAAACUUCAGAAACACAAGGACUUUGUGGAGAGCUGAAACUAAAAUCAACUGCUAAAUAUAUGAUGACAGUUAACAUUAAUACAAGCGAUGGUCUUGUAAAUGGAGCAGCUGGAGUUCUGAUGGAUGUAGAAAUAAAUAUUCAAACAGGAAAUCCAACAACUAUUUGGGUUUUAUUUUCAGAAGAAAAUGUUGGUGUUGAAGCUCGGCGACAAAAACCUCAUGUAACUGAGUUAACUUGGACUCCAGUAGAAAAAUGUGUAAGGACUUUUCAAUUUAAAAGUAAUGAUAAUAUAACAAUUGAGAGGACUCAGUUCCCAUUAGUUAUAGCAGAAGGCAUAACUAUCCACAAAAGCCAAGGUGCUACAUACUCUAAAGUAGUUGUUCAUACCCACAAUAGAAUGAAUAGAUCAGCUUUGUACGUGGCUUGUAGUAGAGCAACAUGUGCAUCUGGACUUCAUAUAAUUGGAAACUUUAAUCCUCCUAGGCCUCUUAAGACUUCGGAUCCUGUCAAAAUAGAACUCGAACGUUUGCGUUCAGAAAGAGUACGUACAAACUUUGAUUUUAUGAGCAACAACGGGUUAAGAAAAUUAUAUUAUCAAAACAUACAAAGUCUUCAAGCACAUCACGAAGACAUUUCUACAGAUCCCACAAUAAUGCGUGCUAACAUUAUUUGUUUUGUUGAAACUUGGAGUUUUCCCGAAGAAGAUAACAUGCUGACAAACUUCACUGUGCUGAGCCGACUUCAUUGCAAUAAUAUAGCUCAAGGAGAACUAAGACAACGACAUAAAAAAGGAGUAAUAGUGUACAUCGGGAACAAUAAAAUAGAAGAUGCCGAAUAUUUGUUCGAGGAAGAACACUGCAUCAAUGGUUUUCCUCAAAUCGAAUUUAUCACGCUAAUACGACAGGCAAUAUAUAAACUGAGGAAUCGCAUUGGCAAUACAACCGAAAAAGUUUAUAUAAUUGGAGAUUUCAACAUAUGUCGUAAAACGGAGGAAAUCGAAGCCGAACAUUUUUUGAAUGACGAAGGAUAUUUUUCAAUUUUUGAUAAAGUUAUUGAAACUACAAAGCACGGAACACAUAUAGACUGGUUAUUUUCAACUAUGGAUGCAAAUAACAGCAUAGCAAAGAUUUAUCCCACUAUACACAGCUAUCAUGACGGAAUACUUCUAGGAAUCGAAUAA